CCUCCCCUGCUCUCUGCUCACUCCCACGCCAUUGCACAGACCCGAAGACCAAAGUGUCCAAAGCGAAGUACACAGCGCCAAUUAACCUGUAGCAGCUUCGUCCAUCCUCCGAGCAUGUCGUCACAGCGGCCCGGGCGUCACCAGCGGAGGGCGUCGCAGAGCGUGUUCGUGCUCCCGGAGAACUUCGCGGACCUCGAAGACGUCGCGGCCGGCGGCGAGAACAGGAAGGCGUCGCCGGACGGCGGCGCGGGCGAGCUCCAGCAGCAGGCGAGGCCCGCGGCGGGGCGCCACCACCGGCGGGCCAUGUCCAUGGCCGUGGCCUCCUCCAGGGACCUCGAGAUGAUCAAGGAGGACAUCGGCGGCGGAGGCGGCGGCGGCUACAAGAUCGGCGCCUAAACUAGAAAUACGCGUACGGUGUUGUGAAUACGUACUCCGUACUGGUGGGUCCGUGUCUUGCUUGCUGCUUCCCUUUUCUUCUUCUAAUCAAAAGACAUACGUGCAUGUAAGAUGUGACUAUGUACGAGUUCUUCUCCAUGCUGAAGCACUUGAAGAACUGCUAAUCGUGUGUUUGGACUCUGGUACUGUUUUCGCAUUCAUGUUGCUGUUAAGGUUUUACCUGCUUGGAUGACA